AUGGAUUAUUCGAGACGAAGUCGACGUGAUCAGACUGAGACUGAAGCGAGUCACGCACGCUCGAAGAGUGCUGAUUACUUGAUGGAUAGCAAAAUGCGUGAAGAGUCGGCUCCACCGGAAAAUGAACUGCAAAAAUUCGGUGAGAAGACACCGAAUGUGUCAGAGCAUGAAAUGCGAUUCCGUAAAUCGACGGAGAAGUUGCACGUUCCUGAUUGGUAUCGUGAGAAGAAGGUCACAAAAGAAACCAAUUUAGACGCCUCAUUCGAUAGGUCUGAGCCACGCUCGACAACAACCUAUCAAACAAAGACGAGCGAUGUUCACACCUAUUCAUCGUCGUCCUCAUAUGCACCACGAGUCGAACGAACUGAUCGCUACGAAUCCAGCGAGCCGGCGAUGCAAACUCUGACCACUGACUUAAUACCGUAUGGAAUGUUCGAUAAGUACAAGAAUGAAAUCGAGGAAAUGCGUAGAAGUCGNUUUCAUUCGUAA